AUGUAUACAGUAGCUGCCAACAUCAAAGAUGAUGCACAGAAACGCGUAGUGUUAUUGUAUGUAGCUGGCCCAUUGGUUCAAAAAACACUACAAGACACCGGGACAGAUUUCAAAACAGCUCUCGAGAAGCUCGACGAAUAUUUUCAGCCACAAAAGAACGUAAUAUACAAACGCUAUGUGUUUAAACGGACACAUCGAACCCCUGGAGAAUCGGUAGAUAACUACAAAACUCGUCUACGUACACUAGCCGAAACGUGUGAGUUCGAAAGCGUCGAGAAUGAAAUACGCGAUCAGUUUUUUAUGACGUGCUCGUCUCGUGCAUUUCGUACGAAGCUUCUACGCGAGACAGAUCUGACAUUGGCUAAACAUAUUGCCAUGGCGCGAGCGAAGAAAUUAGCAGAAAACAAGCAUCAAGUACUCGGGACACAAUAA